AGAUGCAUUAUGUACAUACAACGAAUGAGGUUUAAAUAACACAUAGAAAACGUGAAUACACAAUACAUUCCACAGCUGUCAGAUUCAAACAAACCGAUUGCCUUCGAUACUGAAUUUUAGUUUAUAAACAUUAAAAAGGUACACGUUUAGAUAUGAUUUCUGUGUGUAAGGACAACCACCUUCAAAAGUUCUUCGAUUGUGAUUAACUGUAAAACAUUUGUUGAAGAAGUGCAGGCGUCAGCAUAUUUUAAAGCAAGAACUUAAUUUGUUUUUUUUUUUGAGUCACGAUCUACAAAGAAAAAAAUGUCUACAAGAAUUCAAACGCGAAGCAAAAAAGGACCAUUGGUCGAUGUUGUCAACGAAAUCAAACCGAAAAAGUCCGGCAAAAAACAUAAAACCGAGCAUUCGUCAAUAUUAAGCAAAAAGCAAAAAAUUCGACAUGAUGCACCGGAUGCCAAGGACUCCAAUGAAGUGAACGGUUCGGAUUCAUCAACAACGAAUGAUGCGCAAUCCACAUCCAUCAAUAAUAUGUACAAUGCACUCGAACAAGUAUUGAAGAUGAAGUAUUUGAAUGUAAUUGAACGAUUAAAGUUGUCAUUUCCCGCAAAAUGCACACGAUCACUGGAAAAUUGUAACGAACAACAUUAUCGAAAUGAUUACAUUCCCAAGUCGGAUAAUAUAUCAACGUCACAAACAUUUUUGCAAAAUCACCAGCCGCUUAUGUUCAUCCAUGCCGUCCAAAUGGACAUUGUACAGACGAAGUUUCCUGGUCGGAAUAUAUUACAUUCACUGUUUGAAUUGAUUUUGGGAAUAAGCGAUUCGUCGAAUGAAGAAUACGAAGUUACAAAUGUCAUCGAUAUGGCAGCAUUUACAAUUGGCUGUAUAUUUGAUAAAUUUCCACCGUGUUGGUUAGCCGCAAAUAUGGAAUACCGCAAUUUCAUCACAACAACAAAGAAAAAUCUUAUCGUUGAUUCUCAUGAACUCUUGAACAAUCGAACAUUGUUUGCUGACAUCAUACAAGGCUUAGAAAAUGUGAUCCAGGCAAAAUCGAAAGUAACAGUAUCGGCUCUAGAUGAUCAAUUUGGCGAUUCAUUCAAUGAUUCGCUUGUGCUGAACUUUCGCCAAUGGGAAUCGAAACAUGCGCACAAAUUUUUGUUUGACAAUCAAAAGCGAGAUGACAAGAUCGAGCGAUUGUUUGUAGUACUGGCAUUAUAUGUGCAACUAUUUGAAGCCGAUUUGGCCAUGUGGACGAUCAAAAAUCGGCUUAAUCCAAGUGAAAAACUGGCAACCAACCGAAAAAAUCCACUGAUCGAAGUGGUGAUGUGGACAAAUAACGAGCCAAAUGAAGUGAAUUACACCAUCAAAAAUAUCCUGAAAUUGUACGUCAAUUACAUUUACAUUGAUUUCCCGCGCGAGCACACCAAAAUUAUUGGACGAUUGGUAAACCUGAUAUACAAUGUCUUUGAAUUGCGUGCAUUGCAAGCCAGUAAGACGAGCAUUGAAUAUCCCACACCGAUACAAAAUCAAAGUAAAUUCUGUGAUUCAUUUACCAAAAUCAUUUUCGAAAUAAUAGGCUGUAGUGUCAACAAUUGGCUGAAAAUAAUUCAGAUGGUCGAACAUCCUCGAUUGAAAUUGUACCUAGUUACCGCUUUGCUAACGAAAAUUGAUCACAAAUGUAGUACACUACAUCCGGAAACCAUUUAUUAUUCGUUGCGAAAAAUCGAAACAUUUAUUGGCGAUGACUUUGAUGACAAAUAUCAAAACAAUAAUGUGGUUAAACCGAAAAAUUCAAAAGUCAGUGCUUGCAAUGCAUCAACACUGAAAUAUCCAUGUCUACAAAAGUUCAGUCGUCGCACCGUUGAAGAGCUAUCCAUCCGACAAAAUGCCGAACUCCAUUUGAUUGCGUUGAAUUCGUACAAAAGCGUUUUUCACAUCGACGAAUUUCGACGCUAUUGGGAAAACUACGAGCAGAUGAAACAACAAAAUACCAAAGACCAAGACGAAAUCAAAAUGGAAAUGGUUUCGUGUGCAAAGACACCACCAAAGCCAUUUAAUUUUAAGCAAAUGGAGUCGAUGCGACGCAAAUCGUUUGGUGGUCGUGUCCUGGAAAUGGGAAAAGUCACUCCGAUAUACACACUGGAUGUGCUGAACGAUGUGGCUGGCAUUACAGAUGGAAUAAAUUUUCAACUGAAUGUCAGAAGAUACCGCGAUGACCUGAAAUUUGUUGAUAUGAUUGCAACCGAUAUGCCAAAACUGCGUUCAAAAUUUGACACAUUAUUUCCAACACUCAAUUAGUUUAAUUUCGAAAAUACCAUUUUACAGAUACACUAUUAUUGUUUAUCUUUAUAUAAUGCGAAUGUUAUAUUGUUCAAGAAUAACUUAUUACCGAUUGAUAAUUGCUUCAAAUUCGCUAGUCAUUUGCAGUAAAACACAAACAAUAGAAUAAAUACCAUUAAACACAAUUGUUUCAGAUGGAAUCGAAAACGAAACCCAAUAGAAAUGUAAGAUGCGUAUUAAUUAGGAUCUAAAGUGAAAGAAAAUGCGAGAAAUUUACAUAAGUCUAUUUUUCCGAAUGAAAUAAAUGUCACGGUGGUGAUUUGCGUUGAUCACUCAUCAGAAUCGUUUUAUUUA